AAAUACCUUCUCUGUCCGUCGUCGCGGAAGUGGCGGGUGGUGGACCGAGAGGAACUCAGCGGAGAGGAACCCAGUGAAUCACCUGUGGUGAUAUGCAGUAAACGGGAGAGGGGGAAACACGAAAUAUAUAUAUUUCUAAUUAUACAUAUAAUAAUUUAUACGCUUGCACACGCACAUAUAUACACGAGUGAUGGAUAGAUGGACGGUGAAAAUACGUAACGCAGCUGGGGGCAGAUAAAAAGUAGUAGAACAGACCGAAAGGAAAGAUAAAGGAACAGGAAGAGAAAUCUGUCACGUCGUGAUCAGCCGGAGGAGAGCGAGAGAGACUCCCCGGAUAUAUUCAUCAUGCAUACGCACGCAUACGCGCGUAUUACAUAUAAAUAGAUGCAUAUAUAUAUAUACGUGUGUGACGUUGCCCGCGAUACGACGACGACGACGACGUGUUCUCCAGUUCCGAUCUUCACCUUUCUCGUCUCUUCUCUUCUCUUUUCUUUCUCCUUCUCCAUCGACGAGUCCAUCGUUGACACCGAUAACCAACCCGAAUUUCAUCCCCUUCUUUCCUUUCCAUGCGUCACACUCUCUCUCUCUUUCUCUAGUGUCCCGAUCUUCGUACCUCAUCGUUUCUUUCUAUCCCAUCGGUACACGUGCGCGUAUUCGUCGCAUAUCUCUCUCUCUCUUUCUCUCCUUCUAUCCACGCUCCCUUUCUCUCUCUCUCUCACAGCUUCUCCUCCCUUUUCGUUGAUCCAGUGACGUCGAUCACGUGAACCUUGUCUUCGAGUCCUCUCCAAGCACCUUCUUCCUUUCCCUUCUUGUCGAAUUAUAGAUUCAUCAGAUUCGAGUAUAAAUUCGAUGGCCGAUAUAUAAUCGAUUUUUGUUGAAGACGGUUUACUUACCUGUUUCGUUGGAAGCACGUUCCCUGCUCGAGGAAACUGUCGAACGCGAAGAGGCUGUGGCUGUGAUUCGAUUGAUAGGCGAUUCUCUCUCCUCGUUGCGAUUCCUUUCCUUCGAACAGAUUCGAGCAACCGAACGUUCCUUCCUUUCCUUCAUCGAACGAGAUAUAUCGGAUGUUGCGCGAGGGGGACGACGGGGAGAGGCGGGAAGAUCGGACGAUCGACUGGCGACCUCUGGUUCCUUCGGCUUGAAUUCUCCCCUGGCUGAGUGACGAACAAGCUGAACGACAGUUUUAGAUAGCUGCCGGACGUCUGUUUAACCGCCCGAAAGGCUACACCAAGUUCCUAGGAUUCUUCGGCCUUCCUCAGUGGGGAUUUAUCGAUUUCCACCGACGAAAAUAAAGCGGGCUCGGUCCUUCGUCGAUUUUCGGCCCGCGGUGAAUCAUUUUCUAGAAACUUCUUGGGGAGGGGGGUGGAGAAGAACCGUGCAAACGUCGCCCUAACGCUGUUCCUCGAGAUUAUCGCGGGACUCGCGAUCGAGCUCUCCUGAUCGACUCUUCUCGACCGAUCCAGGAAAAAAGCUCGUGAAACGCAGCAUCGCGUCUAAAUAUAAGUGGCGUAUCUCGCGUUAUUUUAAGAAAACAUGAUCGAAUCGUUCGUUCCAACGGCCAAUUCUCUUCCCUGUUUUCAAAAAAACGAUUUUCCUUCUUCUUCUUCCUCCUCUUCUUUUUCGAAUUAGAGAGAGUUUUAUGCACCUAUAAUCUUCGAUCCCUUUCGAUUUUUCAUUCCUUUAUCUCUUUUUAUCUAUUGAUCGAAUAAGUAGAUUAUCCAGAUCCCUUUUCCUCGAUCCCGGUAACACCUUUUGCCGCGUGUGGACGGCGCAGUACGCGUGCGUAAUAUUCGACACGCGCGUCACGACGCACAGCCCGUUUCUGACCGACGCGGUUAUAAAUAAAACGCGCGCCGUGGCCGCGGCACCGCAUUACGCCCGAUCCUCUUUCGUGCCGGUGUAACAACGUGUCAAUGAAAAUAGAGACAGCCUGUCUACCUUCCCCCGGUGUGGAAACGCGACUGAUUACGCGCCGACACCAUCCCGCGUAAUCCCCCCUCCUACUUCACGAUUUUCACCCACGAGUCGUAUUUUGGAUGGAUCCUUAGAUUCUCUCGAUUCCAGCUUGGAAACUUGGAUUAUUAUUGAUAAUAAAUGAAUAAAUGAAGGAGCAUCGAACGUGAUUGAUAUUUUUCUUUCGAAGAUAGAAUAUUUCUGAGAAGCGUAUAUAUGUAAUUAAUAUAAUAGGAAUGUUCCUUUCCGUCUUGACGGGUGACUGAAACAAUUAAAAAUCGAUGAUAAAUCUCGUCCACGUGGAAGCAUAAUUCGCGAAAUUGUUCCUGUUUCGAAGAUUUCCAAUAAGCCUUGCACGAGCUUUGAAAUCGGGUGUACAAACUUGGCCGCGAUUAACCGAAUUGAUCUCGUUAUCCAGCAAUAAUUCGAGGCUACACGGAGCACGGUUGGCGGUCCUGUCCCGGCUCUAUGCCGACUUGACUCGAUAACGAGUCAAUUAUCGAUCGAACCUUAUCGCGGGCCAAGCUCCCCGAUACACUUGAACGAGCCAGAACGUUAAAGAACGUCGGUAACUUAGGAUUCGGGGAAUUCGAAUUUCUUGAAAUUUCGCGGGCGAACGAUUCCUCCCAAAAUUAAUUAUUACAGCUGAGAACGUUUCGAUAGACCGGCAACACCGCCUCUCGAGCAGCCGUCGAAAUUGUCUACGAAUACGCAGGGGCUAUCGGGAAAUGGGAUUGGCGCGCGCAUGCGCGAGAAAUCCUUUGAGCUAAUUGGCCGGAACGAUCGCGGCGGUAGAUGGCGACCGAUCUUCGCUCGAGUGGGGAACUCGCGCGCCCUCUACGCUCCUUCUGUAUCGCGUGACGUUGCCGCGGUUCGUUGCCACCGCUGAUAUCGUGCUUUUGAAACACGGGGCCAACAACAACAACAACAAUUGUGCACAAGCGUGAGCCAGUGGGAUCCACAACAAAAAUUCCUUUUCCAUUUAAUUACAUUCUUAUUAAUUAUCUUCCAAGGAAAGAAGAAGUAAUUCGAACGAUUCGCUCACGCUCGUGUCUCUCUCUCUCUCUCUCUCUCUCUUUCUCUCUUUCGCCACGAAGGGAAGCGAAAAAACAACGCCAUGCCAUGAGCAAUUUUUCUUCCGUGUAGCGAACUCAAACUCGGAGGAGGGAUCCAUCGAAACAUCGGUCGUCGAGCAGUGUCGCCCCCUCGAAUCCUCGAAGGGGAUUUCGGAGGUUGAGAAAUUCGCGCGAGAUAAUACGAAACGAAGUCGGGCGGCGGUCGAGCGGAACAAGUGGUUGGUUAAACUGUGAUGACCGGGCACCGGUCGGGCAAAGUACUGGAGUGCAAAGCCUCGAUCCCAUCGUGCACCGUCCGGAUACCGGUGCACAGGCCAACGAUCGAGAGAAGAGGAAAGAAACGAGCCCCGACGACGAUCAACGGACAAAUAUUAUUCUUAUUAUCGUUGUUAUUACCAUCGUCGAGCGUCGGGCCGAAGCGUUGAGGAGACGGGGUUAUCACGACGAGGCAGGAGGCUGGCAGGACGGUGGAACGAUGCCCACCACCGGCGUGGAUUCGCAGCAGCGAACGCGCAGUUUUUCGUAGGAAACGGGAGCACGGCCGAUCACGAAAGCGGCGACACGAGGGCCGACGACGAAAGGAAGACGAGGCGAGGAGGGACGCGGCAAGGUUGGAACGCGGCGGCGGAGUCGGCCGGCUCGAAGCGGAGGGAAAGCGAGCAGACGGAGGAAAGGACAGGAAGAGGCGAGCAGCCGGAGAGUGAGCGGUCUAUGACGUUACCGGUGGCCGUCUACGUCACGUUAACGGUAACGGUAAUCCUCGUAUACACGACACGCACGCGACCUAGUCGCGGCGCUGAGCGGAGCAAGUGGAGAGUAGUAUAGCGGGUAGCGAGCUAGCGAGCGACCGCCUCGAGGAAUUUAAAAGUGAAACUGUGACGAUCCACCGCCACUCCACGCGUUUCCCCCUUCUCUCCUAUUUGCUAUCGUUCUCCCUCGACUUCUUCUUUUUCUUCUACUUCUACUUCUUUUUUCUCUCUCGCUUUCUUUCCCUCCCUUCCAACGUCUUCCCUCGUCCUCCUCCUCUCCCUUCUCCUCGUUCUUCGCUCCUUUCUCUUUCUCUGGCCGCCGCUUUGUUUCCUCUACUCCCUCAUCACGGUUUCGCCCGUCGUCUGUCUGCGUUCCUCUUCUCUUCGUCUCUCGGCCCCCUUCCCGCACGCCCCUCGGUCGCCUCGUGAUCGUGACACGGAAGGGAACGCGCGGCGCGCAGUGAAAGUGAUCGACAUUACGAUUUUUCCGGCUAGCGAACCCACCCCCCCUCUCUGGGCUCGCCUCGAGAAAAAGGCGGAUCGUCCGCGCACGAGAAUGAUGACACGCAGGUGCGAGGAGACGGGGAGCAGCUGAAGGCGGCCGCCCGAUCAACGUGUCGUCCACUUCCGGAACACAGGUGGGGGGAAAGAGGCUACGCUAACAGCUGCCGCUCACGUUGAUGGCCGAUCAUCGACGAACCAAAAAUGAAUUAUGACCCUUACGAGCAGCCCGUGUGAGCUAGACAACAUGAGCUUGUUUCAAGACCUCAAGUUGAAAAGGAGGAAGGUCGACUCCCGAUGUAGUAGCGACGACUCCCCGGUAUCCCUUGGAUCAGCAGGCUCGCCGCUCGGGAUCCAGCCGGCGGACGCACCUUCACCCAUAAACUUUCCUGCUCCAGGGGAGAGCAUGGCCGACACCUCGACCCUGUCGCCGGAGGCCAACAUGCCGGGCUCGCCGGGCUGCCCCGUGGUCAAAGUGAAGAGCGAGUACCUGCUCGGGAUACCGCCGAGCGAUCCUCUCCGCGGGACGGCGAGCGUCGGCCUGGAGCAUUCCCGCGCGGACGCGGACCGCGCCUCGCCCGACUCCGUCUUCCCCGACGCGGCCUCCAUUGUCGGCUACGCCAGGGUCGUCGAGGACCAACAACAACAGCAACAGCAACAGCAACAACAACACCAUCAACCUCAUCAGCAACAGCAACGCUCAGCCACGCCGACCGUAGCCACCAGGCUGUCGCCGUACUCGCCCAUGCAAGCCGUGUCCACGACCCCGAUGCAUGGACAGCAGGAGCAGCCGAGCUCGAGGAGCGACAGCCCCGAGAAAGCGGACCUGUCCUCCGCCCAGACCAAGGAGGAGUCCGACAACUCGGUGUUCGACGGCGGAGGCGGCCGCUCCGAGGCCUCCAGUCAACCUAGUCACCGCAGCAGCCCGUCCUCCCAAUACAGCCCCAGCCAGAGCGCGAGCCCCGUUCAACAGCAGCAGCAAACGGGGGGCCUGAGAGGUAGUAGGGUGCCCCCGCACCUGUUGGCCCACCACCAGUUCUGGUCGUCGCAGAACAACGGGUUCGCCACGCAGAGGCUGUUGAACGGGGUGAUCAGCAGCGCGGUGAGCUACGCCGGCCAGACGGUGGCGGUCGCGUCCACCAGCAGCGGCGGGGCGGCGAGCAGCGGGGGGAGCGGGAACGGGGCGAGCUCGGCGGGGCAAGCGAGCACCGGACCCACCACGGCCGCCCCAUCCUCCUGCGAGACGAUGAAGCCGCCGGCGCAGAGGGCAGCGCCGGCACCCCCGAGGCCGCCACCCACGGUGAUAAUGGGCGAGAUCGGCGGGGUGCGGACGAUGAUCUGGUCAGCGCCACCCCUGGACCCGGUGCCGCCCCCGGCGGCCUCGUGGACGACGGCGACGGCGGCGGCUGCCGCGGCCGCAGCGGCCGCUGCGGCCGCGGCGGCCUCCUGCUCCUCGUCGGAGGAGUCGGCCGCCCAGCUGUUGCUGAACCUCGGGCAGGAGUCGAGGGGGGGGAAGCAGGCGUCGUCGUCGGCGGCGGCGGGGCCGUACUCGUCGGCGGCGGGGCCCCCGCUCAACAUGGAGAGGCUGUGGGCCGGGGACAUGACGCAGCUGCCGGCCGCGCAGCAGAUGCAGGCGUUGAACCUGACCGCGUCGGGGUCCGGGCAGGCGUGGGAGAGGAACGGGGGGGUGGUCAAGUCCGAGGGGGCGGCCGCGUCGCAGCCGAUUUCGGUCGCGCCGCCCGCGCCCCCGAUGCCCCCGCAGGAGCACGAGGAGGACGAGACGCCUAUGAUAUGCAUGAUAUGCGAGGACAAGGCAACCGGGCUGCACUACGGGAUCAUCACGUGCGAGGGGUGUAAAGGUUUCUUCAAAAGAACUGUACAAAAUAGGCGAGUGUACACAUGCGUGGCGGAAGGUGGUUGCGAAAUCACGAAGGCCCAGAGGAACAGGUGUCAGUACUGUCGUUUCAAAAAGUGCAUUGAACAGGGUAUGGUCCUUCAGGCGGUGCGGGAAGAUCGGAUGCCUGGGGGAAGAAAUUCUGGUGCUGUGUAUAACCUUUACAAGGUGAAGUACAAAAAGCACAAGAAAAGUAACAAAACGAGCGGAGUGGGUGGAGGCAUGGGUGGCAUAAGUGGCGGGGGUAACGUUGGCGGUGUUAACGGGUCGGGAUCCCUUGGUGGUAGCAAAAGCGCCAUGGGCUCGACGAUGCUCGACAAGCACAUGGCCGUGGCCGCGGUCGCGCACCAUAGCCAACAGCAGCACGUCCAGCUGGCUGGCGGUUUCCUUCAUCAUCACAAGAUCUCGUCGGGCGACCCGCUCAACUCCCAAUCUACCACCAGCCACUCGACACAUCCCGCGCAUUCGGGCCACCUGGUCAACGGGACGAUCCUCAAGACGGCGCUCACCAACCCCUCCGAAGUGGUACACUUGAGGCAGAGGCUAGACAACACGGUAAGCAGUUCGAGGGAUCGAUCUUUCCCUUUCGACGCGACUGUCGCCAUGAUCCAGUCCCUCAUAGACUGCGACGAGUUCCAAGAUAUUGCCACGUUGAGGAACUUGGACGAGCUGCUGGACCAUAAAUCAAACUUAAGCGACAAGCUGUGUCAGAUAGGGGACAGUAUAGUGUACAAGUUGGUGCAGUGGACCAAAAGGUUACCGUUUUACCUUGAGCUACCGGUCGAAGUUCACACGACAUUGCUCACCCACAAGUGGCACGAGAUCCUCGUGCUGACCACCUCCGCCUAUCAGGCGAUACACGGCCAGCACAAGUUCUCCAACGUCGGCAGCGACGCGAUGGGAGCGGAUUUUAUGCAAGAAGUUUCGAACAACAUGUAUACGUUGCAAACGUGCCUAACGAACAUGAUGGGCCGGCCGAUAACCAUGGACCAAUUGCAGCAAGACGUAGGCCUGAUGGUGGAAAAGAUUACGUAUGUCACGUUAAUGUUCAGGAGGGUUAGAUUACGGAUGGAGGAGUACGUCUGUCUGAAAGUAAUCACCAUGCUCUCGCAAGCACGUGGAGGUACGAUGGAAUUAGAACAUCUACAAGAACGGUACAUGAGCUGUCUGCGAAGUUUUGUCGAGCACAGCGCCCCACAACAGCCGAAUCGGUUUCACGAUCUUCUCGUCAGGUUGCCCGAAGUACAAUCGGCGGCAGCUCUUCUACUCGAGAGUAAAAUGUUCUACGUUCCUUUCCUAUUGAACUCAACAAUUCAAAGAUAGUAAAUAAAAAACAAACUGACGAUAAACGAA